AUGGUUAUUCCUAAUGUCAGCUCCUUUGAUGGAUUUUUCCUGUUGGGCUUCUCUGAGCAACCUCUGUUAAAGAUGACCCUUUUUGUUAUCAUCCUGUUUUUCUACUUGUUGACUCUGCUUGGCAAUAUUGCCAUCAUUAUAUUGGCUCAUCUGGAUCCCCGGCUCCACACCCCAAUGUAUUUUUUCUUCACUCACUUGUCUUUAAUGGACCUCUGCUACACCACCAGCACAGUUCCCCAGCUGCUGUUUAACCUGCAGGGUCCAGAAAAGACAAUAACCUAUGGAGGCUGUGUUGGUCAGCUGUAUGUGUCCUUGGCAAUGGGUUCCACAGAAUGCAUUCUCCUUGCAGUCAUGGCUGUUGACCGCUAUGUGGCAGUAUGCUGGCCUUUGCACUACACCGUUCUCAUGCAUCCAUGUAUCAGUUGGCAAAUGGUGGCCAUAACCUGGCUGACCGGCUUGGUUAGCUCACUGGUGCAGACUGUGCUCAUCGCACAGGUUCCUCUUUGUGGAAGGAAUGUUAUAGACCAUAUCUUCUGUGAAGUACCAGUUGUCCUCAAACUUGCUUGCGUGGAUACCACAUUUAAUCAGAUGGAACUCUUCCUGGUUAGCGCAUUUUUACUGCUGGUGCCUCUCUCAUUCUUAUUUCCUACAUCUGCAUUGCUCAGGCUAUGUGGAAGAUCCAGUCGCAUGAAGGCCGCCAAAAGGCCCUUGGGACUUGCUCUUCACAUUUGGUGGUGGUGUUUCUCUUGUAUGGCACUGCUAUGGCCACUUAUCUGCAGCCCACUGCAGCCACCUCCCAGGACCAGGACAAGUUCAUGGCCUUGCUCUAUUGAAUUGUCACUCCAACUCUAA